AUGUUUGUGUUUCUGUGUUUGGUUUCUUUUUCAUUGUUGUACUACAAUGGAGGUGUGGUUAUGGCUUCAACUGAGAGCAGUAGCGGUUCGAAAAACCUUGAUCAGACACCCACAUGGGCUGUUGCUUGUGUUUGCACUAUUUUCAUCUUGAUUUCGUUUGUUCUUGAGAAGAGUCUUCACAAAAUUGGAAUGUGGCUGGGAGAAAGACAGAAAAGGGCUUUGCUUGAAGCUUUGGAAAAGGUCAAAGCAGAAUUGAUGAUUUUAGGCUUCAUUUCAUUGCUUUUGACUUUUGGGCAAACCUUCAUUGUUAAAAUAUGUAUUCCGGCAAAUGUUUCACACACAUUCUUGCCAUGUUCAUAUGAUAGUACCCAACAUGCAAGUAACGAAGCGGAACAUCAUAGGAAGCUUCUCUUUUAUGAACACAGAUAUUUGUCGGAAGAUGCUACCCCUGUCCAAUGCAAGGAGGGUAAAGAGCCUCUUAUAUCUGCCAAUGGAUUGCACCAGAUACACAUCCUCAUAUUCUUCUUAGCGGUCCUUCAUGUUCUAUAUAGUGCAGUCACAAUGCUUCUCGGGAGACUAAAGAUACGAGGAUGGAAGGCAUGGGAGGCGGAGACAUCGUCUCAUGGAUAUGAGUUCGCUACUGAUCCUUCAAGAUUCCGGCUUACACACGAAACAUCAUUUGUUAGACAACAUGCCACUUUUUGGACAAAAAAUCCCAUCUUCUUUAUUAUAAGUUGUUUCUUUAGACAGUUUUAUAGAUCCGUUGAUAAGGCUGACUAUUUGACUCUGCGCAAUGGAUUUAUCGCUGUUCACCUAUCACCAGGAAGUAAAUUUAACUUCCAAAAGUAUAUCAAAAGAUCCCUCGAGGAUGACUUCAAGGUAGUUGUCGGAGUCAGUCCGGUCCUUUGGGCAUCAUUUGUUGUUUUCCUUCUCCUAAAUGUUAAUGGAUGGCAUGCUAUAGUUUGGGCAUCCUUGAUUCCUGUUGUUAUAAUUUUGGCGGUUGGAACAAAACUUCAAGCUACAUUGACAAAGAUGGCUAUUGAAAUCACAGAAAGACACGCAGUUAUCCAAGGGAUUCCUCUUGUUCAAGGCUCGGACAAAUAUUUCUGGUUUGGUCGGCCUCAAUUACUUCUCCAUCUUAUACAUUUUUCCCUGUUUCAGAAUGCCUUUCAAAUAACAUAUAUCUUGUGGAUAUGGUACUCUUUUGGGCGGGAAAAUUGUUUCCAUGCGGAUCAAAGUAUUGCAAUAGUCAAAGUAGUCUUAGGGAUUGGCGCGCUAUGCCUUUGCAGUUACAUAACUCUUCCAUUAUAUGCUCUUGUUACUCAGAUGGGAUCAAGAAUGAAGAAAUCAAUAUUUGAUGAACAAACAUCGAAAGCCUUAAAAAAAUGGCACAAUACUGUGAAAAAGAAGCACGGACACAAACAUGGAAAGUCGAGUGUGCGAACCAUGGACGGAAGCACCACUGAUUCAACAGUGCACUCUAUUAGCCCCACGCUACACCGUUACAAAACCACCGGUCACUCAGCGCGCGUCGUUUCAGCCUAUGAUGAUGACCGAGAUGAUUACCAUUCUGAUAUUGAGUUGUCUCCCACGUCACCGCGAUCAAAUUUGCUAGCAGUAAGAGUAGAUCAGGUUGAGCAAGACGCAAAAGAAAACGACCACCAAACUAUCAUAGAAACCAUUGAACAACAACACCAAACUAUCAUAGAAACCAUUGAACUACAACCGACGAUAAGAGGUAGCGGUUCAAUUGUCAAGCGCGAUCAUCCGGAAAAAAGCGCGAAUUAA